GCCGGCCCCCGCCCGGGACUGUCUUUUCUCCAGUUUGCGCGGGGGUGUCGGGAGCAGGCGGAGAGCUUUCCUGGGAGGCUGGGGAAGCAGCGAACACUCUUCUCAGCGACUCGCCUCCCAGCAGAGCUAUUUUUUGCCAUCCGCCCUCACCCCCAGCACACGCGCUCGCACACACACGCACGCACGCACACACACACACACACAGACACAGACCUCUCUGGAUUUCUUUGCGUUGAGUCUCCCGGGGCUGUGAGGAGCCAGGCGCAUCUCACGCCGAGCUGGUGGCUCCAGGCUCCGAAGCCAUGCCCUGCACAGACCCUCAUCCUUACCAAGCUCCUGAGGAAUGAAAGGGUCCCAGGGACCCUCAGAAGGCAGCAGUGAUGCGGACCAGCCCCCUGGAGCCUGCACCCUACCGAGGGCCAUAGGCGACCCGGAGAACUGGAGAGACCUCCAGCCAGGAAAUCCCAGCUUUCCCAAAGUCCCUGUGGAUGCCGACAAAAGGGGACCCGAAUCUUUGGAGGAGCCUGUCCUAGGUUACCCAGCUGCUGAGUGAUUUUUCCCACUGGCAUUGAACCUCCCCUCCAACCCCCAGCCGUCUAGAGUACCAUGAAGAAUUAUGAGGAUGUGUGACAGGGGUGUCCAGAUGUUGAUCACCACUGUGGGGGCCUUCGCAGCUUUUAGCUUGAUGACCAUUGCAGUGGGCACGGACUACUGGUUAUAUUCCAGAGGUGUGUGCAGGACUAAAUCUACAGGUGAUAAUGAAACCAGCAGGAAGAAUGAAGAAGUCAUGACCCACUCGGGGCUGUGGAGGACCUGCUGCCUAGAAGGGACUUUCCGAGGGGUGUGCAAGAAAAUCGAUCACUUCCCAGAGGAUGCCGACUACGAGCAGGACACGGCCGAGUAUCUCCUCCGGGCGGUGAGGGCCUCCAGCAUCUUCCCCAUCCUCAGCGUCACGCUGCUGUUCUUCGGCGGGCUCUGCGUGGCCGCCAGCGAGCUCCACCGCAGCAGGCACAACGUCAUCCUCAGCGCAGGCAUCUUUUUCGUCUCCGCAGGGCUCAGCAACAUCAUCGGCAUCAUAGUCUACAUCUCGGCCAACGCCGGGGACCCCGGGCAGCGCGACUCCAAGAAGAGCUACUCGUACGGCUGGUCCUUCUACUUCGGCGCCUUCUCCUUCAUCAUCGCGGAGAUUGUCGGCGUGGUGGCCGUGCACAUCUACAUCGAGAAGCACCAGCAGCUGCGCGCCAGGUCCCACUCGGAGCUCCUGAAGAAAUCGACUUUCGCCCGCCUCCCCCCCUACAGGUACAGAUUCCGGCGGCGGUCAAGUUCACGCUCCACGGAGCCCAGGUCCCGGGACCUGUCCCCGGUCAGCAAAGGCUUCCACGCCAUCCCCUCCACCGACAUCUCAAUGUUCACGCUGUCCCGGGACCCCUCGAAGAUCACCAUGGGGACCCUCCUCAACUCUGAGCGGGACCACACUUUCCUACAGUUCCACAACUCCACGCCCAAGGAGCUCAAGGAGUCCCUGCACAACGACCCGGCCAACAGGCGCACGACGCCCGUCUGAGCGCCCUCGCCCCCACCCCCACUCGCCGCCUGGCGGGGGCGCACAGGCGUGUCUCUGAGGUUGCAUGGCAUGGUCCUCGUGAUGGUAUCACUUUUCACAAAGAAUGAAACCAAACGGACUCCGCCCGAUCCCACACCCCGUCCUGCGCCCUCCAGGCCCUGACCCCUCCGUCCCUCCCAACUUAGAGCCGAGCCCGGGCCACCCUCCCCUCUCCGCGUCUCUGUGGCAGGUGUCCCCCCCCCCUUUGCUGGAAGGACCUCCACGUUCUUCUCUCCUUAGAAGAGGACUCGACCCAAGGUCACGGGUGGCGGCUCAUGGGCGGGUCCCCGACCCCCCAGGCGCGUACUCGGCUGUCCCCGUUGUCCACUCACACAAAACCCUCGGGGCGCCAACCUC